AUGUCAACGAAGCCACCCUCUCGUGUUGUCUUCGUCGGAAACAUUCCUUAUGGGUUAUCAGAGGAGCAGAUCAGUGAUAUCUUCAGCACUGCUGGCAAGGUGUUAAACUUCCGCCUUGUUUACGAUAGAGAUACUGGUCGCCCUAAGGGUUUCGGUUUCGCCGAGUAUCCAGACGCAGAUUCGGCAGCAUCCGCAGUGCGCAACUUGAAUGAUUACGAGAUUAUGGGCCGUAAACUUCGUGUUGAUUACAGUACGGAAGGUCGAGUCGAUGGUGACGAUUCAAAUACCUCGCCAAUGACGUCUAAUCAGAUAACAAAUGGCGCCUCGCAUGCAACAACCCAACCUGUACCUGCAGGCUCCCUACCUCCUCUUCCGCCUGGCAAGGAGCUGCCACCCGGUGUGAGCGCCACCGAUGCCAUCUCAAGAACACUCAAUACUCUCCCACCAAGUCAGCUUCUAGACAUACUUGCGCAGAUGAAGUCUCUAGCAACCACCGAUCCUUCUCGUGCGACCGAACUCCUACAGCAAGCUCCACAGCUAUCAUACGCCAUCUUCCAAGCCCUGCUACUAAUGGGCCUUGUCUCCCCCGAAGCAAUUCACUCCGUGGUUGACACUUCAGCCGCGCCCCCUACCGCCCAACAGCCUCCGCCUGGAUAUCCUCCUGCCUACGCGGGCACUACAACAGUCACUCCCCCGGUUGCCGCACCAUAUGCGCCGCCCGCAUCAACGGCUCCGCAGGCUGCCUACGCAGCAACUCCUGCUGCCAGUGUGCCAGCCGCAACACCGCAACAAGACCCGGAUGCGCUGGUGGCGGCGGUUAUGAAUUUACCGCAAGAAACAAUCGACCAGCUCCCCGAGGCAGAACGUCAGCAAAUCUUAGCUCUCCGGGCUAACUUCCUGGGCCAAAGACGCUAGCGGACGGCAACUUGAUGAUGGAGGAGGGCAUGGUUUUCACAUCGGUUUCUUCAUACCCUUACGGCAGGUUGGCAGUUGGCGUUUAGGUUACGGUUCAGGAGCAAAAGCAUUCGGAGCACAUGGUUUUAUGCUCAAUUUGAGCUGGUAGGGCCUGGUUCUAAUUACUGUGUAUUCACGCAAUGGAUGUACCAU